ACAACCGCGUGACUGUUUUCUUAUGUAACCAGUUGUAUAAGAUCAAUCUCCUAAGCGUAACUGUAGGAGGAAUGACUGAGAGGCAUAAGUGACCUUUCACAGUGAUUGCAAAUAGGCCAUAAUGCCAAGGAUGGUACAAAGUAUUUAUACUUGGAGGAUAUUUCAUUUCUUGUACCGGUCACAAAAUAAUAAUCACCAAUUACAAAAUGCCCGAUAAUAAAAAUAAUCCAUAAAUCUGCAUAUAAACCCAGGAAACACCAAAGAAACUUUAUUACUCCAGUAGAAAGUGCGAUAAAAUCAACAUUACUUGUAUAUUAACAACGAAUAUUACGAAUGAUAAGAAUUCGUUUCCUAGAAGUGUUUUAAAUUUGUAGAGUGUCGAAUGCCUUUCAAAUUAUGUACUUUCGCUGGCAACAAUGGCAGCAACUACUUCGCCUGCAGAGACAAUGGAAACACGAGGAUUUAAGUUUUUCCGCAUCCCGGUACAGUGCAAUGAUAUUCAAUAGCUGUGAUUCCUUUCACGUAGAAUUCUUCGUGCUCCUGCGUCAUCAUCUGAUUCGCACAAAUUUCUGUUGUUAAUUCAAAACUCUGAAUCCAUCAGGAUACGUUACGGCGGUAGAAGGAGGUGCUUGACUUCUUCUCCUACAUCCUAAACUUAUCCUCUUCACUUUCACUUCGCUCAUCUCGUUGCGUGCUACACACUCCUUGCUUUUAUGCUCAAACAUAUCGUGAAAAUACAUCUAAACAGUGUUUACGGCGUUUACUGUAUUACCUGUGACAUUUGACAUGGAUUAUUACGUCUGGUGUGUUCUUGGUAUCCUGUGCUUCCUACACAUUCCAUGUCUUUGUGAGGAAUUUUUCACACGUUCCAUCUAUUUGACAUUACAGAACACCACGCCGCGUCCAAUAUACUCGAAUUUCUCAUGCGUGGGUAGAGCGAUGGGAUUUUAUGCUGACAUCGAGGCCAAUUGCCGCAUUUAUCAUACCUGCGAUGAUCAGGGUAAUAAAUUUACCUACAAUUGUCCCGAGGAGACGGCAUUUAGACAGGAAGCCAUGAUAUGUGAUCACGCUCACCUGGUUGAUUGCCAGAGAGGCAGACGCGUAUUAAAGAUUACAGAAUCGCACGAAGACAGGACUACUGCCAAAUCCUUGUUCGACAAAACCGGACCGAACAGAAAUUCUCAGUUUCCUUCUUUCAAGGAAUAUACCACUCCAGUUCCAGCACGAUCUUUUCGAAUAACUCAGAAGCCGUUUACCAUGAAUACGACACAAAAAUAUAUGAAUAAUAAAAAACCAGUGUAUAUUCUUGGAACUGGUAUCACCAAUGGCCGUUACCAGGAUACUAAGACUUCUUUCAAUCGUCAAAACAAUCAAGUCUCGAAUCCUGUUACCAAACCGAUAACAGGUAUUGUAAAUUGCAAUGAGAAAAUAGAGCGAUGCAAUUCGUACAAUGCAAAUGGAGAAAUUGCCAGUACGCGGCCGGUAACUCAAGGUUCGAAUAUUAAACAAGGAUUUUUCAAUAAUUUUCCUGGUUUUUCCAAUUUUUUUGACAGACUAGACAACACGAAAACGAAUAGAGCUAGCGCAUCGAGUUUUGCGAGGCGGACUCUAACCACUCCGAGAACUGUUUUUAAUUCUAAUCAGGAUAACUCUCAUAUUCGAGAAUUAAGCAGAACUUUCCAAUUAACACUAACUCCUCGGCCAUUACCAUACAUGUCCAAGUCACCCUUCACUUUUCAUAAUAUGAAUUAUCCUUACAGUGAAACUUUAAGAUCGAUACAAAAUCAUACUCAGGCCUUUUCCUUGACUUCAACAACAACUCCGUUGCCAUUAAUCCACACUGAUCUUCCUGUCGAUUCAUUAACUGCCUCAUUGAAACCAUUGAUACCCAAUGAAUUAGAAUUUGAUCCCUAUUAUCCAAGAAUUCCUGUAACAACAGAAGCAUAUUACACACCUAGUGAUGAUAACAAAAGACCAAAAUUAUUUCAAUUCUCAACACAAUCGCCAUUACUUAAUGUACAAUUUGACAUCCCGGCUAAUUUACCAGACCUGAACAGUCUUGAGGAUCUUAUUGAUCGCAGGAAAUUGUUUUACAUACCAAGGAGGAAAUUGCGUUAAAAUAUACACCAAAAUAUUGUAUUUCUUAUUCGAAUAAAUU